UGCAGAAUACUGAUGCACACUUUUGUAGGCUUCCUCUGAGUAUACUCGACAGUCCCUGGAGUUGACUGCCUCCAUGAUGGGGAUGUUACAGCGGAGCUUCGACCUGCUAGCCAUUUACAGUAUCCCGCCUCUAUUCCAGAUUCCGACUGCAGGAGGUGUUCCAGCUGGACCUUCUGUUCUUGCUCGAGGAGGAGGGCGAGGAGGCACAGUAUAUCCCUGCACCAAAGCGAGGCGCACUCAUGUUAGGAGCAGCUCUCGGGCACCGAUCCCUGACGAUGAUGAGUCUAAGGCAGAGUCGGAGGCGGAGGCAGAAUCGUCCGAGGAGGAGACCGGAGACGACUUGGGCUCGGGCUCAGAUGGUGGAGCUGGCAAUGAUGCUCUUGGACCUGCUCCUGGACCUUCCUAG